AUGCGUCUGUCUCGCAUCAUGUUUGAGAGAACUCAGCUGGGCACCAUUCUGUUUUUUAUCUGCUGUAGAUUCGGGCCAAGCAUUUUUGUUGGUGUUAUUAUUCGUCCUGUCCACUUGUUUGCUAUGGCGCGUGGUAAGAAGACUACUGGAUCUGCUGCGACUAAGCCCACGGCCGCGGCACCGUCCUCGAAGCGUGGAUCUGCUGCGACUAAGCCCACGGCCGCGGCACCGUCCUCGAAGCCUGCACCGUCCUCGUCCUCGAAGCCUUUCCAGUCCUGGGAUGCUAGGCGAAAGAAGAUGCAUCAGAAUAUGAAGCACGAGGUCGAGCAGGAGCUGAAGCGUCAGUACUCGGAGAAGCUGAGAAACAUUCGGAGUGACUUCUCAGGGCGGUACAAGAAGCUCGGACAGAGGAUGGAGAAUGUGGAGGAGAAGGUCAUCGUCCUCGUGACUAAGUUGCAGAAAUUUAUGGAUAAGCUUGAGGAUGAGCUGUUCUUUCGCAAACUGUCCGAGUCCAGGCCCUCGCCCACGCUGAGUGGUGCCACGUCCUCGUCCGACGAGGCCAUCGACAACGGCGGCGAGCCCAGCGGCGACCUCGACCCCGACCUUCAGAUCAACCACCACGCGGACAGUGCUGGCGACCUCGCCCCCGACCUUCAGACUCAGAUCAACCACCACGUGGGCAGUGCCGGCGACUUCGCCCCCGACCUUCAGACUCAGAUCAACCACCACGCGGGCAGUGCCGGCGACUUCGCCCCCGACCUUCAGACUCAGAUCAACCACCACGCGGACAGUGCUGGCGACCUCGCCCCCAACCUUCAGAUCAACCACCAGGCGGGCAGUGCUGGCGACCUCGCCCCCGACCUUGACCUGGAAGACAAGCCCGCCGACCUGGCCCUCGACCCCCCGCUGGGCCUGAGAAGGCUUGAGGCGUUCUACGGCGAGGUCUAA